CAGUUUCAAAUCCAGAGAGUCCAAAUAGGGAUCUGUCUGCUUCAGUUCCUUGAAUAGCUUAAUCCGACCGAGGACUUCAAAGCAGCUGAACCAGUUUAGCUGAGUCUACGGUUCAGCCCUCGAAAGAGACCGUCGUUUGAAGGGGCUGUAGGCUUCAGCCUCUUUCUGAACCAGACCGUCGAACCGCUCCCGCCAAUGAGAUAGAUUUUGGCGAUUUUGUUCUUGGGAUUUCGGAACCCUUCUCCAAUGCGCAAGUGGUGCCUGUUAAGAGGGGCGCCAACGCCGGCGACCUCUGUAGCAGAAACUCAAUCUACUCCAGUCGGAAUAUGACGUACAACAGCCAGUUCUCCACUCCGGAUGUCUGCUACGGUGCGCCGUGCGUACCUCUUUGUGAAGGUAUGUGACGUCUCCCCCAACUUCUCAAAAACCCCAUUGUUUAGAUUUGGAGGACCUCCGACAACUUUAGUUUCUUCCCAAACAAGAAACUUCUCCUUUUCGUCUACCUCUACUAGCUUCGAUUUUCUCGAUCAGUUCUCGCCUUUUAGGGAUUCAAGUUCUCCCAAUGUUGUUAAUUCAAAUGAGAGGCGACAAAUCAUUGUUGGGUUGUCAAAAAUGAUCAAACAUGGGGAAGGGUUCUACCUCCAGGGUUUUUCUCUAGUCUUUUGCGCUUCUUUUCUUGUCAAGAUCAUGCAGUUUUUGGGCAAUCGCCCAUCCGCUCUUGCCUUCUUUAAAUUUGUGUUUCGAAACGAUUCAGAGAGCUCGGUUCAAUCUUGUUGUCUUGUUGCCCAUCUUCUUGCGGCGAAAAAUCUCAGAUACCUAGCGCAAGAUGUUCUUUCUUGUGUACUUGCUAGAAUUGGAGCUCAUCGUAGUAGGGAUUUGAUCGAUUUUAUGUGGAGAACUCAUUGUUCUUACGAAUCAGAUUUCUCAGUUCUUGAUUCGCUUAUGAGGGCUUUUUUGAAUGUUGGUAUGGUUUCGAAUGCAUUGGAAAUUUUGGGCGGAAUGCGGGAAAGAGGAUUGAUUCCCAGUCUGUCUGCUAUAGAUAUUCUUUUAAAGCUGUUGCUUCGGAGAGGUGAUUAUGAUAAUGUUUGGAAGCUGUUCAGGGAUUUGGUCAGGAAAGGACCUUGUCCUUCUAAUUUUACUUUCAAUGUUAUGGUUCUUGGCUUUUGUAGAAGAGGGAAUCUUCAAAUUGGGGAGGGUCUAUUGCAUGUGAUGCAUAAAUUCCAAUGUGAACCUGAUGUUUUUACAUAUAACAUCGUGAUUAAUGGUUGUUGUACAAAUGGUCGAUCUUCAGAUGCUCUUGCAUGGGUUCAUUUUAUGAUAGGAAUGGGUGUCAAUCCAAACAUUGUUACUUUCAAUACAGUCAUUGGUGCUUUGUGUAAGGAGGGAAAAAUGGAGGAAGCAAGGAUAAACUUUGAUGCAGUCCAAGAUCUAGGUAUCCUUCCAAACACCAGAACAUACAACAUCCUCAUUGAUGGGUAUGUGAAGGCCAAAGAGAUUGGCCACGCUAAAUUGCUUUAUGAAGAAAUGAAAGAGAAAGGCUUAGCUCCUGAUGGUGCAACAUUUAACAUCUUGGUUGCUGGGCACUACAAGUUCAGCAAAGAGGAGGAUGGGGACAGGUUGUUAGGUGAUGUACUGAUGUCAGAAUCUCUCCGAUACCAUUCAUGGUCAGAUAUUUCAAUUGCAUGUCUAUGUUGGGCUGGUCGGUUGGAUGAUGCCAUGAAACACCUCCUAGAUAUGCUUGAGAAGGGUAUACGUCCAAGUGUAGUUGCAUUCAACUCCAUCGUUGCAGGUUAUAGUAAAGCAGGGCAGGAACAUAAAGCCUUUGAAUCCUAUCAGGUUAUGUUGGAGUUUGGUCUGACCCCCUCAUCUUCCACAUGUAAUCUUCUGCUUAUGGGUUUGUGCAAGAAGGGUAGGCUGCAAGAGGCAAAAGAACUUCUUGAGAAAAUGGUAGAGAAUGGUUUUCCCACCAAUAGGAUAGCUUACACAAUCCUCCUAGAUAGUUAUUUUAGUCUAGGUGAUACUACAGAGGCCCAGAUUUUAUGGGAGAAGAUGGAAAGAAGAGGGAUAUCCCCUGAUUCUGUUGCAUUCUCAGCCUUCAUAGAUGGGCUUUCUAAAGCUGGUUAUAUGGAUGAGGCCUGUCAGGCCUUUGUAGAAAUGAAAAGUAGAGGAUUUGUGCCAAACAACCUAACGUAUAACUCUUUGAUAGGUGGGUUUUGUAACCGUGGGGAGUUGAGUGAAGCAUUAAAGUUGGAGAAAGAAAUGAGGCAAAGAGGACUUGUCCCUGAUAUAUUUACUACCAAUAUGGUUAUUAAUGGGUUUUGCAAAGUAGGCAGGAUGAAGGCAGCAAACAAUGUUUUUAUGGAGAUGUUCAGGGAUGGGUUGACACCAGAUAUUGUUACUUAUAAUACUUUGAUCAGUGGGUAUUGCAAGGUUUUUGACAUGGUUAAUGCAGAGGACUUUGUGAAUAAGAUGUGUGCCAGUGGAUGGGACCCUGAUAUUACAACCUACAACAUUCGUAUUCAUGGCUUUUGUAGUAGUUAUAAGAUGAGUCGUGCUGUGAUGUUAUUGGAUGAGCUUGUUUCUGUGGGUAUUAUUCCUAACACAGUUACAUACAACACCCUGAUGAAUGGUGUUUGCAAUGAUGUACUAGAUCAUGCUUUGAUCUUAACUACAAAAUUGCUUAAGAUGGGAUUUGUUCCAAAUGUUGUCACUGUUAAUUUAUUGCUUUCCCACUUCUGCAAGCAAGGGCUUCCUGGGAGAGCAUUGAUAUGGGGGCAGAAAUUGAGUCAAGUAUCCUUUAAUUUUGAUGAUGUUACAUGUAAGAUACUAAAACAAGCCCAUGACAUGCAGGAUGGUUCGGAAAAUACAGAAGAGACAUCAGGGAGUAGUCUUUUUCUAGAUUUUCUCAUGUACAUUACAUAUGAUUAUCUAUGUCGAAAUAGACCCCAAUUUGAUGAGGAGCAUCAGUUGUCACUGGAAAUAUUUGACCAACUGCUGCCCUCCCAGUCUGUGCUUUCUUGUCCCAGAUUGGUUUGCUCUUAGUUCCCCACCCUCAUCCAGAAGGGGUAAAAGAAGAAGAAUGUACUCAAGUUGGGUAAUAUUAUCAAUGGAAAUGGAAAAUAAGCUUAAUCUAA